CAAUUGAAAUGACAGAAGCACAUAACCUAGUAAAAUUAGUAAAACUUGAACUAAAAUGAAAAUGAAAAUAUACAAUUACAUAUUAAUAAGAUGCGAAAUGACACUUAACUGAUUGCAACACAGCAAAUCUGAAUAUGAGCAUAUUCUUGAAAUAUAUUUCUGAUGGACUACUGUUAUGAUACUUUAAUGGUGCUUUUUGUCAUUUUUGACAAAUUCACACAUUCAAUACAUGGAAAAUAACUGCAUCAACACUCUGCCUUUGUGAUCUAUGGAAGAAAUAAAGUUCUGGAAUGGCAUGAAGGUGAGUAAAUGAUGACAGAUAUUUAAUUUAUCCCUUUAAAAGGUUUAGAAUAGCAAAUUUGAAUGCCUUUCUCUUGUCAUGACCUGUGAAUGCAUAGCAUACCGGGAUACCGCUGUCAAAGGAUGGUCUCAGGUGCAGCACACUUUGCGCGUUGAGCGACGGGUGGUCUACAUGUGUGACAAGUGGCACACGUGCCUGCCGAGGCACUCUGAAAGCUUGACAUGCGUCUUGCACAUGAGCACACGCUCAUGGUGUCUCCUAUCUGGCAUAUUUGCAGCGCUUUGCCUUUGCCGAUGAGUUAAGUAAUGUAAUAAUGUGAUUAAAUGACAGUGUUCCUAUCAUAGACCAUCCCUGAAAUAUUCAGCUUGUGCUAAAAUAAGUGAGAUAUUUUCGGAGUAGGGUCACAUGAGCUGUUAAUCCAUCACUGAAAAAUUAGCAAUCUAGGUCAAACUAAACAGGGGUUUAAUUAGUUACAAUAGCCCCCCUACUAGUGUGUGACUGCUGUAUAUUGCUGGCAGCGAACUCAAAGAGUUGUUAAGCUCUGACACACCAAAAGUGGUCAUGUGUAAGAUUAGAGAAUGCGUGAGGAUAUAUGUGUAUGUAUGGUGUGUAUUUUGAUACCGCGCUGCGUGUUUCUGAGCUGAAACGCCAGGCUUGUAUCACCUUUCACUCCAGGGCCUCAUAUCCCAAGAGGGAUGUUAACCAGCCACAUUAGACACUUGCUAGCAUGCUAGCGUGCCGGGGAGAGAUGGGACGCCAAUACCACACUACCUGCGCUCAUAAAUGCUGUACACAUGGAUAAAUCAAUGUUUUACUUGCCCAGGAGUACGGGUUUGCUGACUGAUUCUUAAUGAUAUGUCUUUCAGGACUGUUUGACAUCAAGACACAAGAAGGAGAGAUCUUCAACAUGAACACAGACUCUGAAUCACAAUCCAAAGAUUCAGAUUUAUGGAGGCCCAGCAGCAGCACCAGUGAUGGUCUGAGAAACGGUGACAUGUGCUCUUCCUCUCUGGCAGCUAAAGGAUACAGAAGUGUCAGGCCCAACUUUCAGGAUAAAAAGUCUCCCACACCAGCACAAGAGCAUAGUGUCCAUUCCCACAGACUGCUGUCCACUGAGGACCAAAUCUCAUGCUCUUCACAAGCAGAGCAGUCCUACGUGCACCCCCCAUCUAGGGAGUUGGAGAGACACGUAGCUUUCUUCGCCAUUCGCAUUAACCCUAGGCCACAGAUAUCGGGACGGCGCACACAGGCACUGUCUUUGAGACCCCCUACCCCUCCUAAACGGAUGGACCUCCCGGAUAGCCACUCACGCCCCUGCCCUCCACUGCCAUCUGCAGCCCCUCCAGUGCCUGAGGUACCAGUCCUUCUUAAACAAAGCUAUCCUGGAACAGCACUGACCUCACAGUCACCCCCUAAUCGGCUCAGAUUCUCCCUCGAUUUCAUCAGCUCCAGAGCACCUGACCAUCACCCCGAGACCCCUUCUCCAGGCCCUCCCUCUCCCGGCUCGGAGCCUCUACUGGGGCAGAGCCGCUGCUCUUCCCGCACUCAGAGCGAAGCAUCCACAGCAGUGCUGGAGGAGUUGAGGGCUUGUGGACUAGGCCCAGAGGGUGGCACUCGUACCCCUUCUCCAACCCUCAGCCAGAUGAGUGCGGUCACAGACAACAUCUGGUUACACUUCCCUGCAGCUAGCACCGCUAAUGGCCAGAUGACUGUGAACGGGGGUCUGACUGUGCCAGCAAGUCCUUGUAGUCACCUCCAAAGACCCUUCUCUCCCUCAACAUACCCCCCUCCUCCUUCACUGAGCCCUAGUAUUACAGCCAUGCAGCAGGCUAGAACCACUGCCUCUGAGUCCAGCACUCCAAUCUACACCAACGUGGAUCCUCCAGCAAGAGCGCCACAGACUGACAGGAAAGAAACAACAGGGAAAGCUCCGCAAUAUACUGGCAUUGGUCCUGUGGAUGAGUCCGGGAUUCCCAUUGCCAUACGAACGACUGUUGACAGGCCAAAAGAUUGGUACAAGACCAUGUUCAAACAGAUUCAUGUGGUGCCUAAAUCAGAGAACGAGUGGCCGGCAUCCCGUACUGCCACAGACCCUGUUACAAGUACUGGUACUUUUUCUAAACAAGAUAAGCAUGCUGCCCCUAAUGCUGUUCAGGCCCAUCCUGCACCUAAAACCGGCACUUACCGGCCUAUCACCAAGAGUGUCUCUGAUAAUGGCGUAUACGGUUUCAGGGUGCCUGCUCCCUCUUCUCUCCCUUCUGCUCUGCCCACAUCAGCAUCCACACAACAGAGAUCCGGUGAAAAGGAGGCACCACAGAGAGGGAGGAGCACACCUGACAUGAAUGAGUGGGGUCCUCCUGAUAGAAAGGUUGACACACGGAAAUACAGAGCAGAGCCGAGGAGUAUUUUUGACUAUGAGCCGGGGAAGUCGUCUGUUUUAGAGCAAGAAAGAACGACAAGUAACUUAAGACCUGAGGACAUAGAUUUAGAGAAUGAGCCGUGGUAUAAGUUCUUUGCUGAACUGGAGUUUGGGCGGCCGCCUCCAAAAAAACGUCUUGAUUACAAUCCAGAGAGCUCACCUCGAUUCCGCGCAGAGACCUCCCUUUAUCAGCCAUCCUCAGACAGGAGCCUUGAAAGGCCAUCAAGCUCUGCAAAUGAUAACAAGAGGAGACGGAAAUCUGAACCUGCAACAGCUCAGCCUAGGGCACAGAGCAGCGUGGGCACAACACAGACGUCUGUGAGACCACCAGAGCUGCCCAAGAGCAGCAGCACCCAGAGGAAUACCCUCACCAGCCCCGGUUCCCUCGCGGCCACCAGGACUAAAGGUGGGGAUGUAAGCUAUAUGCACACAGCACAUUUAAAUUGUCAAAAUCAAAACCAUGCUACCUCAGAAUCCACAUAUCAAAGCAAAGAGCAAAAUGAGCACAGUUUAAUGGCUGUCUCAGAUGGCUUCUCCAGCCUCCCUGAUGGCUGGAAAAGUGCCCAAGAGAACCCAGAAGACUGGAUAAAUACAGAAGAGACCUCAUCUAAGCUCAAAUCCUGGAGUUGUGAUGAUCUCCUAUCUGAGGGGAGGGGAAAAGAAGUGCAAACCCGUUCGGAAAGCACGUGUUUCUUGUUGCACAACGGGGAAGUAGAGGCAUCACAAUGCAAUGACGUUCGAGAGUCUGAGGAUCUUAGGGAGAGGACCAGGCACCGCUCGGCCCACGACGCACCAGGCUUCCUCAAACUAUACAAGAAGAUGCAUCACAUCAACCGGCAAGAGCUGAUAAACUCUACCGUGAUCUGCUCUGUGAAAGCCAGGAUACACAAGUAUGAGAACGAACAGCGGAAGGACAGACGCACUAGCAACAAGGGCUCUAAUGAAGAGGUGCCUAGGGACAUGGUGCACAACAGGAUUUCUGAAUUCGAGAGUCUGAUCCAGAAGUCCAAAUCCAUGCCAAAUCUUGGGGAGGAGUGCCUGAUCAGGGGUUCUUCUAGGAGGACCAGCAGCCCCAAGCGUAGCCUCUCUAUUGAGUCAUUACUGGAUGAAGAACCACCGGCCAGGAAUCCCCCUGAAGGACGGCCUCAAUACCCCAAGAUAAACACCCAUGUGCCAAUCCACAUCCAAGUCACCAGUGACCAAUUACAAAACUCUGCCAUGCACAACGACUACUCAGACAGUGAGCAUGAUGCUGUAGUGUCUGAUCUAAGUGACUUCAUUCAGAUUGAAGGCUCAUCCUUCUGCAGCGAGAGGGAGUUCGACCUGUGUUCGUAUGCCUCCUCCGAGAGCUUCUGCGGAUCAGGACACCACCAUCAUUAUCACAGGCAGCUUGUGAGCUCCUGCAAGGGCCGCUGCCCGGCUUCCUACACGCGCUUCACCACUAUGAUCAAGCACGAGAGGGCCAAGCAGGACCGGAAGCAACAUUUGCGGGUAGAAGAAUCUGAGUUUGGUCUCAGCAAGCUUGCCUUCCUAGUCAGCCCAGUGCCUUUCCGCCGGAAGAACCUGUCACCUUUGAGUUUUUCCCGAAUACCGAACUCCAAGAGCUGUGUGUACGACGCUCUAGAUUCGGCCCUAAAAGACAUCUACGACCACAUCCGCGCUGAGAAGCGCAGAGGAAGCCUGCCAGAUAACAGCAUCCUUCACAGGUUGCUGGUGGAGCUGCUUCCCGACAUUCCUGAAAGAAAUUCCUCCCUGCACGCGCUUGGGAGAGGCAGCCCUACAGUUCAACCUCGCUCUUACCACCCACAGCCUGACGGCAUGCCCAGUCAGGACACUCACCAACCCGAGUACUCACACCUGUCCCAUAGUGCCUCUCACAACCAUAUAGACAGCAACAACAACCAGAGGAACCACAACUUUGAAUGCUACUAUCAAGAUCAGGACACAUCCAGAGAAUACUCUUACCCUGAUGUGGGCAGCCACACACAGCAGAGCAGAAGACAAACCCCUGAAGUCAGAGAGAAACUGCCAGCCAGAGCAAUAUAUGACUUCAAAGCACAGACAGCGAAAGAGCUGACGUUUAAGAAAGGAGAGACGGUAUACAUCACUCGGCAGAUAGAUAAUAACUGGUAUGAAGGAGAAUAUCGUGGACAUGUGGGCAUCUUCCCCAUCUCAUAUGUUGAGAAAAUCCCUCCUUCAGAGAGACAUCAGCCAGCGAGACCUCCUCCUCCAGCUCAAAGCAGAGAAAUUGGAGAAGCAAUUGCCCGCUACAACUUUAAUGCUGAUACUAAUGUGGAACUUUCAUUAAGAAAAGGCGAGCGCGUUAUUCUGUUGCGGCAGGUGGAUAAGAACUGGUUUGAGGGAAAGAUCCCAGGUACAAACAAACAAGGGAUUUUUCCAGUGUCUUAUGUGGAUGUCGUUAAGAAGACCACAGUACAAAGUACUGGUCAACCUCCUGGGCCAAGUAUACCCACCAGCUACUCCAGUGACAGACUGAACAGUAGGCCGUCAUCUGCACGUACCCUCUACAACUCUCCAUCCCCAACUGUCCGUCCAUUCUCCUCAUCCUCUCCUAGUCCACAAAGAGCCGCACACCUUCAGGCCAUCACCAGCGAGUGGUUGGCCCUCACUCUGGGUCUGUCUCCUUCAGGAACCCCUGCCCCUACACCUCCUCCCUUUCCUUCCAAUUUCCAGCCAUACUAUGAAGUGUUGGACUCUGCCAUCUCCCCUUCUCCCGCCUCCUCCAUGCUGGGCCGCUCUCCAGCCCUCACUCCCCGCUCCUCCACUCCUGCGCUCAAAGAGGGCCACUUCAUUCCCAUCUUCUCCCCAAAGUCUUACAUGUCCCCCGAACCCAGCCUGUCACCACAACCUUACCUCACCUCCGCCUCCUUCACUCCUUCGCCCACCUCACCCUCAUUUGACACCAGCCCCAGGUCUGCCAGUGUCAUAGAGAUACUCUCCAGUCAAAAAUCAGAUUUACCUGAGAAGGAACUGCAGUUGUUCUCAGAAUGCAAAGACCACUAUAAACCAGGCCAGACAGACUCCCCUAAAUUGCGUAGCCCUAUUGACUUGGUUGUUUUUGAGGCACAUGAAUCCCCAUUGGAUAUUCUCCCACCAAAAGACCCCGAUGAUGAUCUAUGUGAGGAGUUAGUGUCAAUCAUUAAGGCCAGCCAAUCAAAGGGCACGUUCAUAGAAGAAGAGGGAUUUUAUCGCCAGGAACCAGAUAUAAUGGAAAAGCUUCCCAGACUGUUUAUAGAGGAAGAGCCGAAAGAAGACAACGGCUUCUUAAAUGAACCCCUGACAUCAAAUACGUUUGCUCCAGUCCAACCCGCCCAGAGUGAGGGUUCAGAUAGUGAGAUGUCAUUGCCGUUCACACAGCCCUCAUCGGCUAAAUACUCUCCCCCUUCCCCGCGCUCCACCCCCCCUUUGCCUGGGGUUUCACAGUCGCCCCCUCCCUCUGCAAAACUGUUCUCUCGACAGGACCUCCGCUCCUCAAAGGUCAAGCCUGUGUUAAGGCGUGAUGUUGUGGUUGUUGGUAAGCCCCCUCGUAGCCCUGUGAUGUCUAGGAGGUCCUGCGGAUCGCCUGUUAGAGGUCAAAACUUUUCACCAUCUCAUAGGUCCCAAAGACAAGCAUAUGUUCAUGAUCCGCUUCAAGGUGUAGGAGAACCAUUUCAAGCCCUGUAUAACUACACGCCACGAAAUGAAGAUGAGCUGGAACUGAAGGAGGGGGAUGUUGUUGACGUCAUGGAGAAGUGUGAUGAUGGAUGGUUUGUGGGAACGUGCAGGAGAACCAAAUUUUUUGGAACCUUUCCUGGGAACUAUGUGAAGCGGCUGUAAAUGGACUCUUCUAAUACACAUCUCUGAUGGUCGUACAUCCAUGAGGAGAGAUGGACAAUGUCACCUACAGCUACCUGCUGGAAUUAGCAUGACAUGUUCCAGUCAUCAACCUGUUGGACAGAUGGAAACAGAAGCCAAUGACCUCGGAGGGGUUAUUGCACCAUUUAUGUAAUUUGGCUUAAAUAUGUUGAUGAUUACAUUCUAAAACCAUUAUGUUAAUUAGGAAUUUCAGUAAAUGCUUUAAAACGUUGGGUUGCCUACAUUUUUCUCAUAGUUGAAAAAAUCAGUAUGCUUGCCUUCUAGUUGAGCUGAUGAAUUUCAACAUUGUGAGUAAUCAAGUGCCCUGUUUAUCUUUUUAUUUAUUGAGAGACACAUUUUUUUCAUAGGAAGGGUGAAAUACAGGUGAGGAAUGAUGUACUGGUGCCCCUCUGUACACUGGACCUGAUGUCUGAUCUGAUCUAGAUCGUAUAUAUUAAACAGUAUUGCAGUGUCAUGUUUGCAUCAGGCAGUGGAUAUUAACCAUUCCUGCCAACAUGUAUGUUUUUAGUAUGUAAACUUUCUGGUUCAGAAGAAUGACCUCCGGUUUUCUAGGGCUCUACGUUCUUCCUCCAGACAUUCCUUUGAGCAUUUGAAGGAUUUUACAGAUAAGAGAAAAAUAUUUUUGAUGUUUUCCGAUCUAAAGAGAUAACGUUUUUGAGAAUGCUUUAUCUCUAACAAAAGGCGUUUUGGCAAAAGUGGGCACGUUAACCGUCGUAAACUGACUCGUAUUAAUGUCUCUACUGCCUAUAAUAAAUAUUUCUCUGUUGGGUGACCUUGCACAUCACUUUUGGUUUACACACUGUAAUCUAUUUAUGGCCAAUAAGAGGAGCACAUUAUGUCAUAAUUACUGAACUGCAAUUGGCAGCCAUGUAUUUUGUAUAUGUCGCCCUCGAUUCUUCAGAUUGGUUCGAUUUGAGUGAGGAAUUGUACGUAAAAAUCUAUUUUUGUUUAUUUGAUCAUUCAGCAAACUUUUUUCAUUAUGAUAUACUUAAUAUAUUGUUAAUUGUCCACUUUCUAUGUAUCUGAUCUGUUCAGCACAGCGAUUACACUCAUAUUCUGAUGUUCAAUUUGAAAUAUGCAGCGUUUCAAUCUUCCUGUGAGACUGUAUGACUAACAGUUUUAUUCCAGUCAGUAAAGCAAGAAAUGUAAAUGUGUCAGUCAAUAGAAACAUGAACCAAUAAUAUAUGUAAUUUAGGCAAUAUUAUACCUCGUGGAAUUAUGCAGUCUCUGUGUUGUCAGUUUGCUUAAUGUGCAUGUUGUUUCAUAAAGAACUGCUUGUCAGUGCAAACUCAUUAUUCUACCAGUAUGAGAAUUUAUUAACACCAUGCCGCUAAGAGAUGCGUAUGGUGGUACAGAGCAAUAUUUCCACCUGGCUCUGUGAACCAUUAAGUCCAGACCAGAGAUCUUACUGUGGUUUAGUUAAGAGAUGGCACUCAGUCUUCCGUUCUUGAGCAUGGGCAGAAGUUAAGUAAACUGUGCUGUUCCUGGUGCAUAACUUUACCACAUGUCAUUUAUGUGAUAACAUGGAUACUUGUUAUAUUCAAUAAUGCACGUUUCAGGAACAAAACAAAUGCAGAACACUGUGAUAUGUUCAUUAAAUUAAACGUAGCAUAAUUCUGGCAUUCUGCAUUUGGUGCUAGAGUGUGUGAUGGAUUCUGAUUGGAUGGAAACUGCUUUAAUAUCACUGGUUAAGAAUAGACAGAAUAUCACAUCACUGAAUUAUAUAAAGACAUGCAAAGUGCUAAACUAUUAAAUCACCAUGUCCACCCAUUCAUUAAUAAACAAAAAAAAAAUAUCUGAUUCGACUCUCCAAGAAGUAAAAGCAAUCAAUGUUUUUUUUUUUUUUUAAAGUCUUUCUUUGCCUGUUCUUUCUCUGUGCAAAAGUGCAUAAAUAAAGUCAUAUAUUUUCCGGCA